CUCCCUAGUCAGCUACAGCUGAGUACUCCAACCACAGCCGACUAACCUACCCGGCCUUUCACUCGAACACUCAUCCCUCCCUCCAUCCAUCCAUCAUUCACUCAUUCAUUCAUUUGCGCCGCUUCGAGAUCAUGUACUGGCGUCCCCUGCUGGCCACAUACACGCCGCCCUGCUGCCCUAUCACCUCGUCCAGCAAACCACGGAGGUAGCUGCGUUGAUCCUCGGUGUUUCGCUCGCUGACGUGAUAGAGCUUAUCGAUGAGGCCAUCCUGUUUGACACACACACACACAGAAACAGUGAAUGGAUGCCAUGUUCGCUCUGCUGUCCUGUGCUGUUAUGUGCUGCGUUGCUCACUUUCGAUUCCGCCCUGAAUGAUGAAUCAGCGCUCGAGUCGCCCCCCUGACCAAACGGCUCAGCAAUGUACUCAUACUCGGCCGCUUCCCCGCCCAUCUCCUCCCCGCCCCCGCCCCCAUCCCCAGCCGCUGCUGCCACGGAUGGCUCGCUCUUGACCGCAGGCACGCCCCGCUGCCUCUGUGGUAUCCGGUCAGCCCUGCCUCUGUCGUCGCCCUCGCGCACCGACGAUGGGGCAUUGCUCCCGGCACGUGAUUUCGAGUGCUGCUGCUUGACAAGCAUGAGCAGCUCGCCCAUCUCAUCCAGUGCGUUGCCCAAUCGGAUGAAGUUGCCCGGGGCCCUGGCUGACGUGUUGAUGGGCAUGAAGCCUUGCACUGCUCCGAAGCACACGGGGCAUUCCUCUGCACGCGGAGAAGAGGGGCUGGCGGCCGCUGCUGCUGCUGGUUGGGGCUCCUGCAGGCGGGGCGGGGCGGUGGAGUCGAAGUGUUUGUGCAGACACAGUUCACAGAGCCCGUGACCACAUGGGGUCAGCACACCGUGUAUCUACAACAGGUAGGGACAGCCACAUGCAGACAGACAGCCAUUCCAUCCCGCGAGCACGCCCCCUGCCAGCCUUCUUUUUGUUCUUCUGUGUGCCGCACCUCACCUGCCUCUCCUUGCACGCACCACAUUGGAACACAGCUGGCCGCCUCGACGACGCCACUUUGAGCGAUAGGGCAUCCUCUAAUCGUGGAGACCGCCGCGGGCGCUUGGCCUCCUCCUCGGUCAAAUCGCUCUUGUCAUCGUCAUCGUCACUUUCCUCGUAGGCCGCAUCCUCAGCCUGCUUCUUGGAUCGCUUCCUGCGCCUCUUCUUCUUGUCUGCCUUUGCUUGGGCGACGUCUCGGUCGUUGAUGGCAAUGAGGAGCUCCUUUUCUUUCUUCUCGAGGGCCUCCUCCUUGGCCUUGAGCUUCAUCGUCAUGGCAUCAAGUUCCUUGUGCAGCCGAUCGCACUCCUCCUGACGUUGUUGGCACUCCUCCCGAAGCUUUUGGCACUCCUCCUGGAGCUGUUGGGACUUCUCUUGACGCUUGUGCAGCUCCGCUCUGAGUGGGGGAGGAAGAAGGACACGAUCGUGAAUGUCCACCAGACAGAGAGGGUCUCUCUCGUUGUGUAAUACCGGCUUACUCGCUCUCCUUGUUCUUUCCUUGCUCCUUCUGCAGCUGCACGACGGCCUCAUCGUGCUUCUUCAUGAGCUCCGCCUGUUUGUCCUGGAAGCGCCUCACGGCCUCAUCCAUCUCCUUGUCCUUUGCCGCCAGCCGCUCGCCCAGCUCCUUGAGACGCGCACGAAAGGUGGCCACGAUCUCAUCCUCAUCCUCAUCCUCACCUGCCAGCGAGCGGAGCUGCCGCUUCUUGGGCCGCCGCCGCAGGAUGGCAUCGUCGUCAGAGUCGUCACCGUUGGUGAGAUUGGCCACAGGGGGGCUGCCGGCUGGUGCCGCAGCAGCUGCUGCAGCUGCUGCUGCUGCUGGUGCGGGGGACUCAGAUGUGGGUCGCUUCAGUCGUUUCUUGGGUGGUGAUUUGGGUAGCGUGACCACGCUGCUCUGCCGGCUCGGUGUGUCCUUGGGUAGAGGGCGGCUGUCCCUGUCCUUGUCCUUGUCCUUGUCCUUGUCUUUCAUCUUGCCGCCCUCCUUGGCGCCCUUGUCCUUGUUUUUCUUCUUCUGUUUGCCGUUCUUCUUAAUUGACAUGCCGGCCCUGACGUCCCCCUUCAAACUAUCCCCCGGUGACGAUGCCACAUCGGUCUCAGGGGGCACAUGCUUGCGCUUCUUGCCCGUCAAACCUGGACUCGCGGCCGCUGCCGCUGCCGCUGCGGCUGCAGCAGCCGGCGCCUCCUGCUCCCCUUCCCUCUCGUCUCCCUCGAGAAUGUUGAUGUGAUGACGCCUGCCCUUCCGCUCUGCAAUAAGGCUGCUCGCCCGGUCCACGCCAGAGCGGGGGGAUGAGCCCGGCAGGGAGGCCGCGGCUGGCGGGCCGGCCUUGGCCAAUGACAGAUGCGCAACAGUGGUAGCAGCAGCAGCAGCAGCGGCGGCAGCAGCUGGUGGUGGUGGUGGUGGUGGCGUCGCCUUUGGCUUGGGCUUGGGUUUGCUCUUGGAUGCAGCCUUGGGCUUGGGUCCAGCGUUGGCGACUGGGGCGGGACUCUCGGAAGGCCGCCUGGGGGAGACGCCGCCGCGCUUGGGGGACCCGCCACGAUGAGUGGGGGAUUGGCUGCGAGGAGUGGCUGACUGGUCGCGAGGAGUGGGCGACACGCGCUCAGGGGAGGAGCCCGAGGGGUGCGAGAGCGGGGUGAAGAGCAACACCCCCUUGGCAGCACAGCCUAGCGCUGCAGCCGCACCAGGGAGAUCACCAUCCUUGUCGACGUAGAAGACGCGGAUGCGCAGGAAGGCCCGCGCCUGAUCGAUCUGCCGGCAGAGGAGGACGCCCUUCGACCAGUCGGUCGCUGGGUUUGGUCUGCCGCCGGAGCCUUGCUGCUGCCUCUCGAAGGCGUAGAUGUUGAUGACGUCUCUCAUGGCGGGGAGGAGGGCGGCACAGCCGUCGUCACCCAGCGCUUGCCGGAGCUGCUGCAGCUUCUCGGUGAUGAGAUCCCGAAUGCCGGAUGAGUCCUUCCCCCUGAGAGGUGGAUGAAUGGAUGCAUGGCCAGGGCACAACCACAGUGGGUGACGUUAGUCGCACAUACGGCCUUGUUGUCCGCCUGUCUGUCUGUCUGUCAGUCAGUCAGUGUGUGGUGGCCUACCAGUUGUGUGUCGGGCUAAUCCACUCGUAUUUCACGAGGUUGUUCCUGUACGCCUCGUAGAGCUCCGCCCAGUGCUUGCUGCUGUCGAACGCGUCGGGACAGAGGGGGAGGUCUGACACAUCCACACACAAAACACAAACACACACACACACACACAAAUCCCCACUCAUUUGUCUGUCCGCCUAGGCCGACUGCCUGAUCCGCCCUCCAUCCACCCACCCACAACUCUCUCUAAACGUACCUGACUCACUCGGCACUUUCAGCUCCAGUCGGCGCACGCUUUUCAGAUCUCCCUGCAUCGCCGCCUCGUCCACAGUCGCCCGAAAUGCCCCUGACGGGAAGGGCUCCCGCAGCCGGUCGGGCAGGGGCAGAUCACCAGCAGGAGGGAUUGGCCGCUGAUGACCCGGUGCGGCGGCUGCAGGUGGAUGCGGCCAUACCAGCCGGGCGCGGCUGAACGGCUCCCUGAUGACAAUGGCCAGCUGGCCAAUGUCGCCCUCUGACCGGAGAAUGGUGGGCGGUCUGAUGAUCUUGGGGGCGGCCUUGAGUGCCUCCCGGUAGAAAAAGAGGCGCAGCGUGUGGAGCACAUGAGAGGGGAAGGCCGCAGUGUCGUUGGCAUAUGCAGUCUUGACCUCCUCGGCACUGAAGCACAACAGCGAGCCACUCGUGUGGAGAAGCAGUGCAGUGCACAGCUUCCCGGCUCUUGCCUGCUUUUUCAUCGUGCACCUGACAGGGGUGUCGUUGGCACCUUGUCUGACCACCAGCCGCAGGGGGACCGGCCACUCAUGAGCCCUUCCCCCUGGUGCAGCAGCUGCAGCCUUUGCCUUGGGUGCUGGUUUUGCUGCGGCCUCCUGCCUCCCGCCCGCUCGGGGUGUUUUGCUGGGGUCUGAAGAAUGAAUGACUGAGUCGGCAUCGGCUGGGUCGCCAUCGUCCCUUCUUGGUGACGCUCCGCUGCCUCCCCCACGCCCCCUCGUUGCUCCACGACCAGCUGCUCCGUUGAGAGGGGAAGAACGGCCUCGAACCGCCGGAGCUUGUGCUGGGCGAGAUGAUGCUUGCCCAUUCAUCUCAUGACCGGAUCUCACGAAG